CUAGAUUUUGAUUUUUUUCCAAUGUGGUGUGGUAAUUAGGUUGAACGAGAUGAUGAGGCUGCAAACCUAUACCGGUCUCAGCUUUGUUGCGAUGCUAGCUGUUAUUUAUCAUGCAUUCAACAGUAGAGGCCAGUUUUAUCAUGCUAUGGUGUAUUUAUCAACCUCUAAGAUCAGCUUGCUGCUUAUUCUCAACAUGGGCCUUGUCUUUAUGUGCAUCUUAUGGCAAAUAACCAAGCGGAUAUUCCUUGGGUCCCUUCGUGAAGCCGAGGUCGAGAGGUUGAACGAGCAGUCAUGGAGGGAGGUUAUGGAGAUCCUCUUUGCAAUCACUAUUUUUCGGCAGGACUUCUCCAUUUCGUUUCUCGUGAUGGUUACUGCCCUGUUGUUAAUCAAGGCUUUGCAUUGGUUGGCACAGAAAAGGGUUGAGUACAUCGAGACAACCCCUUCUGUUCUUAUGUUGUCUCAUGUUCGAAUUGUUUCUUUUCUGGGUUUCCUUCUUCUAGAUUGUCUGUUUUUGUCCAGCUCUAUCAAGGUUCUGAUCCAAACUCGACAAGCUUCAGUCUCCCUAUUCUUUGCAUUUGAGUACAUGAUAUUGGCAACAACUAUAGUGUCGAAUUUCAUAAAAUAUUGUUUCUAUGUGAGUGACAUGCUUAUGGAAGGACAAUGGGAGAAAAAGCCUGUCUAUACCUUCUACUUGGAGCUCAUCCAGGACUUGCUUCACUUGUCUAUGUAUUUAUUCUUCUUUCUUGUGAUUUUCAUGAAUUAUGGUGUACCACUUCACUUAAUACGGGAGCUAUAUGAAACCUUUAGGAAUUUCAAAAUUCGUGUGGCUGACUACAUGCAUUAUAGGAAGAUCGCUUCAAAUAUGAAUGAUAGAUUCCCAGAUGCAACCCCUGAAGAGCUCACUUCAAACGAUGCAACAUGUAUUAUAUGCCGGGAAGAGAUGACCACAGCGAAUAAGUUAAUUUGUGGACAUCUUUUUCAUGUGCACUGUCUUCGAUCGUGGCUGGAGAGACAGCAUACCUGCCCUACAUGUAAAGCUCUGGUUGUACCACCUGAAAAUGGAACAAGUUCAUCUGGAGGGCAACAUGGACCUUGGUCAGAUGCUCAAGGACAGGGUAACCUCAUUGUAACAUCAUCUAUAAUAAGGGUCCGGCACAAGUUCAGUUAGAUAAGGUUCUGGUGGUGGUGACAUGGCCACUGAUAAUUUGACCCAGCAUCAGGC